AAAUAACUAUUAACAUUAAAAAAUAUCGUAUUAUAUUUUAUUAAAAUAGCUAUUACUUAAAUUCAUGUAAGGUAAUCUAAUUGAAUUAUUUGAUAAGUUAAAAUUGAAGGUCACGGGGUCGAGCUUCCAUUUUGUUGUCAAAUCGCCAUUUUCUUUUUCUGAGAAAAAUAUCGACUCCGCUUGUUUCUUUUAUUGGGAAAUCACGGACAGCGCGUCUACGUCGUAAAAUAUUUUCGUAAAUAUUAUUGUAAGAAAAAUAUUUUUAUUGGCUAAAAAUGCCUCCUGUUAAGCAUUAUUCGUCUAGUGAAGUGAAUCAGUAUGAAUUAUCAUCAAGACUUUUAUCCCUUACUGAAAAUAAUACCUCCUAUACUCUUACUCAAAUAAAUGGCCAAAGGAUUUAUAGAAAGGCUCCUCAUGCAUGGAGUGGUCCAGAACCUUCAAGGAAUUGUGAGGUGUUUAUUGGAAGAAUCCCUCAUGACUGCUUCGAAGACACUCUGGUGCCGUUGUUCCGUCAAGCUGGUGAGCUGUUUGAGUUUCGGCUCAUGAUCAACUUCUCGGGCUGGAAUAGAGGAUAUGCCUUCGCGAUGUACACAACUGAUGCCGAAGCAAGCAAUGCUAUUCGUAUGUUUAACAACUACAUGAUAAGACCUUCUUGGCAACUGGGUGUGUGUCCAUCCAUUAAUAAUUGCCGCAUAUUCAUAUCACGUAUACCACCGACUACUCCGUCUGCGGAGAUUAUCCGCUUGUUAUACGCGCUGACGGACGAAGUGCAAGAAGUGCGUAUCCGCCGGUCGAUUGCUUCGUGCGCAGCAAUUGUUGAGUACAAAUCUCACCGUGGUGCUGCUAUGGCCAGGAAGGCCUUGGUAGCUGCCGCUGCUGCUGCUUGGGGAUGUGGCGCUAGACCUGCUGUGGACUGGUCACUCCCACAGUCACCGCAACUGCUCAAACAAUAUCGAGAGGUGGGACGCUGGACUCCCGAACGUGGAGUGGAGUUGACUCGCGCACCCGAAGAACCCGCAACUACGUCGCCGCCGCCUGCUGCACCGUCCUACACGCUUGAACCAUGGUCUCAAGCGCGUCGUCUGCGCAUGAUUCAUGAAGCCCAACGUAGUGCCGCUGCUGCUGCUGAGUGGUCAAACCGUAUUAACAACGGCAUGGAGUCUCUGGUAUCGUCUAUGACUUCGCUAGGUUUCGGAGGUGGGUUGGGGCUAGCAGGCCGUGAGGCUGGUGUCUGGGCACCCCCUGGAGCUCCUGGAACUGGUCUGGGUGCUCCUCGCAUGCCCACACCACCGCAGCCGCGUGACUUUAAUCCAUGGACUGCGCGCCAUCCGCUGCAGGAGUUCAUCACUCCCGGCAAGGAUAGCCAGUGAGUGCAUGCGCUAUUUGUUCUGAAACGGGACAGUUUUACAAUUGUAUUGAUAAAUGAUUAGUGGUCCUUGUCGUGCAACUUAAUUAAGUUACAGUUGUAAUUACAACUAUUUGCCGCGAAGCCAAAAUUCGUAAACUAGGUCAACUAAAGAAAGAAACACACGGCAAAAAAAAACUAAUGAUUUCAAAGGGUUCCCAAAUACUAGCCAUGAAUACCAUGUUUAACCAUCUCAUAAUAAACGCGAUAUUCAUCAUGAAAAUCAAUAUACGCGCCGUACAACUGUCCCGUUUCUCCGAUUUCGUUUAAGUUUUGUUGAUGUUGAUUAAUUUAUUGCAUGAUUAAGGGUGCACAAUGUUUGUCUCGUUAGCAUGUCGCACUUAGAGUGAGUUUGAUGGAGUGUGGGAGAUACAGAA